UCAGAGACAUUAAUGGCAAGCAGUAAUUGUACAAGCACCACAAGUUGUAGUACCAGUUUUGCAGAAGAAAAGCAUCCACAUCCAAAUAUGCUUAUUUACAGGAAAAUGGAAAAAUUAAUAAAUCAAAUGUUACAUUCUGAGGAUGGAAUUAAAAUAAAAACUGUCAAAAGUUUUCUUUCAAAAAUAGUUUCUGUAUUCUCCGGCCAGGAUUUGAUUGUUUGGUUAAUUGCUCACAUUGACGUUUUUGACGAAAUAGAUGCCAAUCAUUUACUGCAUUUAUUUGCUUCACACGGAUAUAUAUUUCAAGUUGAUGAUCACGUAAUUACAAUGAAGGGAGGAGACACUUCUUUUUAUCGCUUCCAAACUCCCUAUUUUUGGCCUUCAAAUUGUUGGGAACCUGAAAAUAUGGAUUACGCCGUUUAUUUGUGCAAAAGAACAAUGCAAAACAAAGCACAUUUAGAAUUGGAGGAUUUUGAAGCAGAAAAUUUGGCAAAAUUACAAAAGAUGUUAAGUAGAAAAUGGGAAUUUGUUUUUAUGCAAGCAGAGGCGCAAUAUAAGGUUGACAAAAAACGGGACAGAAUAGAGAGACAAAUUUUGGAUAGUCAAGAGAGAGCAUUUUGGGAUUUGCAUAGACCCGUGCCUGGAUGUGUAAAUACAACUGAAGUGGAUAUUAGAAAAUUAAGUCGUUCUGGAAGAUCUAAACAAUCUACUUGCAAUACUUUGGUUAUUCAAAUGGAAGAUAAUGAAUCUCAAUUAAAUAAUUCAAAUAAUUUGAAAACGCCUAAUAUAAGGGAAGUCCGUUUUUAUCAAAAACCUGGAAGGAGAAGAUAUACACAAAUAAAAGAUUAUUUAAAAAUUGAGAUUUCUGAAUUACAAACAAGAUUGUCUAAAAAUGUAUUGAAGACAUCAAAAUUAGCAGAAAGUUAUUUACAAUAUUAUGGGCAUCGGUAUUAUUUUAUAUUUUGGUAAGACACUCCCUUGAGGCAGGAAAAAGUCUCUUAUAAUGACGUGUCUCUUAAAUGGAGGAUUUUUUAAAUAGAGGUUUAAGCAGAUUUCCCACCUAAUAGUCU